GAAGGAGUGAGAGUAGCUGACCGUAGCAUCAUCGUCACCGCCCGCGUCUGGGCUGUGUACCACCUGUGGGAUUUCUUUCCCUUCAGUGUUUGAUUUUCCGUUGCCUUAGUCUUUCUCCUCUACCUUAUACCUUGUCCUCUUUCCGUCUCGUCCCGCUCAGCGGCUGGUCUAUCGACCUCGUGGGGUCGCCGUGCGCAGACUCACAAGGCUUCCAGGCCCAUCCGCAGGACUGAUCGCUAAAACGCCGAUAGCCCCGCCUAUCUAUCUCGGAGAAUACCCACUCGGUUUACUAUGCGUCCGCAUCCGCUCGUAGCACGGCAGACAGAGUCAGGCUCAGAUGGAGGAGGUGCAACGUCGGGCUCAGGGGACUCGGCUACGCAGGGUGCGACUCCGACUGAUACGGGUUCUGCCGCCUCGCCAUCACCAGCCGAUAGCGCUACGUCUGCCCCCGAGCCGACAAGCGCGGUGGGAGGAUUGACGUCGGACGUUGGGAGCGCAACGUCGGACGUGGGGAGCGCAACGUCGGACGUGGGGAGUGCAACGUCGGAUGUGGGGAGCGCAACGUCGGAUGUAGCCACGGCUACUUCACAAGUUGGAUCGGUGACAUCCCAACCCACUUCGGACGCAACACAGUCCUCGCAGUCACAGUCGCAGUCUUCAUCCCAGCCUUCCGCAACUCCUACAUCUUCCUCUCAGACCGACUCGUCAUCCUCGCAGUCCCAAUCGUCAUCCGACUCAUCGUCCUCUCAAACGCAGUCAUCUUCAUCUCAAUCUCAGUCUUCAUCGUCCCAGACCCAGACCUCCUCAUCUCAGUCCCAGUCGUCGUCGACGCAACCCUCCUCGUCAUCCCAAUCUCAGUCUUCUUCAUCCCAGUCGCCUUCAUCAUCCCAGUCGCAGUCCUCAUCAUCCGCAUCUUCGACCAGCGACAUCAUCUCAACGACUACAUUCAUCACCACAGCGAGCGACUCCGUCAUCACGAGCACCUUCACCACCUCGAUCUCUCCGCCCUCGAGCUCCUCGGGACCUAGCAGCACCCCAAGUCCAACUCGGUCUUCGAAUGGUGUCUCCACGACGUCGUUCAUUACGAGUUGGUAUGUGACCUCGGUCAGCGGAAGGAUGGUAACCACCGACUCCGUGACGCCAACAAUGGUCUCCGGCGACCCACGCAACACCGCCGUCAACCAGCGCACCGCCAUCAUCGCAGGCACAACAGCCGGCGCCUUCGCGCUCCUCGUCCUUCUCUUCGGCAUCUUCUUCUACCGCCGGCGCAAAGCCUUCAAGCAGAGCGCGUUCGCACGCGCCCUGAGCGUCGGACGGCGCCGCGACCGCAUGCGCCAGAACCUGCUCGCGGACGACGACUUUGACGCGGGCGAGCCGCUCGCGGCGUACAGAGACCAUCCCGAGGGCGACCCUGGGCACGCGCACACGCACGCGCCGAGCGCGUCGUUUAGCUCCUACGCGACGUACGGUGCGCCCCAGGCACAGCCGGGCAUGGGCGCGGACACGGCGCAGCUCCCGCCGCGCCUCGAGCGCGCACGCGCGAGCGACAGCGGCUCGGCGUUCCGCGAGGCGGUGUGGCCGCCGCCGACGGACAAUGCGCGGUACGAGGGCCCGCUGGCUGCGUCGCGCGCGAUCGAUCUCAGUGAGAUCAUCGACACCGUUAUGGGCCCCGGCGGCGGCGGCGGCGGCGCGGGGCAGCAACAGCACGCGCACGAGGUGCCGCAGCCGUGGGUCGGCGAGUCGGCGCAUUCGAUGCGCGAGACGGUUCCGGGCGGGAGCACGCACACGCGGAAUCAGUCAAGUGUUUCGUUUGGGUCAGGAGGGAAUGAGUCGCAGAUCGCGUUGCUGGAGGCGGCGGGGCUGAGCACGCCGAGGCCGACGACGCCGACGGCCAGGGGCGGACAGGGCGGCGCGGGGCCAGCGACGCAGGAUGGGAGUCCGAAGGCGUGGAUACAGAGGUCGCCGCUGAGGGCGCUGACGCCGACGUCGCAGAACCAGACGGGGCCGCAGUCGCGGCGCCAGAGUCAGGAUCAGGGUGGACAGGGUGAAGGGAACAGGGCGUCGGCGGCGGACAGCGCGAGUGUGUAUUCGCGGUGACGAUGAUCCCUUGUUUCUAUAUCACUCUCCUCUUGCGUGCUUGGUGCAGAUCGCCUUUGACGCCCCAAAAUCGUCUAGCACUUGCUGAUUCCCCUCUUCCGUCUGUCCGCGGGCAUGCUCACGUCCAUAUUUCGGAUGAUGUGUCUGCCAUGGUCCCGUUUACCCUUUCGUUUACCACCACACCCCUUCCUCUUCUGUGCUGAUCUUCACAUUCAUGGACACCGUGCAUCUGGGACCCCACUCACCUUUGACUUCUCGCCAUAACGGACGAUAUCUUGUGAAUACCGGUCACUCAAUUAUUUACCUGUCCUCUCCUCUUUUCCCCCGCUGAUGAAGCUGGCUCUGGUUUGGUGAUGAUACGGCUGUGUUUAUGAUUUUACCACGAGAACGCUGACUCUGGCGCUGCCACCGACACUGGGCUUUUUCACCUACUUUAGACGUCGUAUAUACUCUUUGUUAUCUUUAGACCGUAUAUCGCCGGUCAGUUCCGCUCUUUGAACACCCUCUCAUACCUGUUUGUGUGCAUGUUUUGUGCUGUUUUGGACCGAUUGUACCUAUCUCUGUACAGGUUCUUCCUUGCCCC